CUCCUUUACUUUAAUUCAAAAGGGCUCAAAUUUUCUCUAUUUCAUUGCGCUUUUGUCUUACCCUCACUCCCUCUCCUCUCUUUCCCAAAAACUCUCUUCCUUCUCCUUUUCUCACUUCAAAUCUAGGGUUUCAUUUUCUCCUUUUCUUUUUUUCAUCUUUGUUGUGCCAAAGAAUUGUAUAUCAACUUUUUUUACUUAAAACUACAACUUGGGUUUGUCUUAAAGCUAUAAAAUAUGUGAUCUUUUGGUUCAAGAUUCAAUUUUUAGCAUUUUUCACUGUCUUUUCUUACUUGGGUGUGUCUCUUUUUUCACCAGCAUUUCCUCUUUUUUUUCUUCUGAUUAUUAGCUUUUUUCUUCAUUUCUUGAAAACCCCACUUAAGCCUUUGUUAGUUUGUUUACUAAUUUAUGUUAAAGUUUCAAUCUUUUUGUGUAUAGAAGCAUCAAGAAUCAGUUUUUUUUUUUUUAGUUUUAAAAGUUUUUAGUGAGUAAAUGCAUGGAUGGAAGAGAAGGGAUGGUGCUAUCUGGGGGUGCUGCAUAUUAUCUCAACAGAGGGAUUAGUGGGUCUGGUUCUGGUGUUGGUGGUGGGUCUGGGACACCUACAAGGGUAACUACCCCACCUACUUAUAAGUCCCUCUCAAACCCCAACAUUUCAGUUCAGUCCAAUGUAGGGGGAGGAGGUACUUUGAGUUCCACAUACCAAGUUGUUGAGAACCCAUCACCUCAUUUUUCUCAUGGUAUUAAUAUGACUGUGGCAUCUAGUGUUUCACCUGGUAGUGAUCCAGUGAAAAAGAAGAGAGGGAGGCCAAGGAAAUAUGGUCCUGAUGGGUCCAAAAUGUCAUUAGGACUGUCACCUUUGUCCUCUACUCCUUCAACUGGUUCAAUUACUCCCGGGCCUAAGCGGGCCAAGGGCCGACCUCCUGGAAGUGGAUGGAAGCAAAAAUUAGCUCCACUUGGUGAAUGGAUGAAUACUUCAGCAGGAUUGGCUUUUACCCCUCAUGUUAUACACAUCAGUGUAGGAGAGGAUGUUGCAGCAAAAUUACUGGCGUUUGCAGAACAGAGGCCUAGGGCUUUAUGUGUCUUAUCAGCUAGUGGGUCACUUUCUGCAGUAACAUUACGGCCUCCUACAAGUUCUGGUUCGACUGUCACCUAUGAGGGUCGUUUUGAGAUACUUUGCUUGUCUGGAUCGUACUUGGUCGCUGAAAGUGGUGGUCCACGUGAUCGCACGGGUGGUAUAAGUAUAUCAGUUAGUAGCCCUGAUGGGCAUGUACUCGGGGGUGCUGUUGGUGGUAGGCUCAUUGCAACCAGCCCUGUACAGGUGGUUGUGUGCAGCUUUGUAUAUGGUCCCAAGGUAAAGAGCAAACCAGAAACUAGUACCAAAGGCAGCGAUGAAGAAUCUGCUGAAAAGUCGUCUAUACCGGUUAAUGCUAUGAGUCAAGAUCCAACUUCAAAUUCAGCUACUGGCAUUUGGCCUCCGAUUUCAAGGCCUGAACUAAGAAAUUCCCAGCCCGAGAUUGACCUGACACGUGGAUGAUUAUUAUGAUUUGCUUCAAUGGACACAUGAAGACAGAGUUUGUAUAUAUGUGCUGUUGUUGUAAAUGAAAUGCGGCAGGAGAGAUCAGCUCGAGCCAUUUAAUUAGCUCUGCCCAUCUAGUAGAAUGAUGGUUUGUGCUAACACACAAUGUAACAAAAGUAUCCUCUUUUUAGGUUCUUUAAAGUAGCAAAAUGGUGUAGAAGAUGGUGUUGGUGGAAGUUAGAUUGUAAUAUUUCUAUUUUUAGAAGGUUAAGUGUGAUGAUGGACCAUAUGUCAUUUUAGAAAAAUUGAUGAAUGAACUUUUUGCCUCAUUUUUUGUCACUACAUCUGUCUGGUGCACUAAUUGGCAAAGCAAGAAAAACUUUGAA